UCUGUAUACACUCUCCUUUGUGUUAAGCUAUCUCUGUUUCUUGAAUUUGCUGUGCAAAAAUGGCUGCGAUAUCAAAUAUGAUUUCUAAAGGUCCAGUGUUGGUUAAAGGUGCUCUGGCUUACUCGCGACCAAGGUUUGACUUGUUUUUGAAGUAUGCCAAGGUAGAGCUGACACCACCGUCGCCAGCAGACAUCCCGCAGAUCAGGAGCGGAAUACAGAAACUGCUCUCUGGCUUUCGUACCGGCAAAUGGAAGGAGACACCUGUGAAGGAAGCAUGGCUGAACACUCUUGUAACGACAGAAGUUAUAAUGUGGUUUUUUAUUGGUGAGUGCAUUGGCAAGCGAAGCAUAGUUGGAUAUAAAGUUUGAACAGCACCAGUAUGAAACUUCACUUGUCCAUGAACAACUUAUUGUAGGAAACAUGGAGAAAUCUGUAAAUGCCUGUUGUGUAGAGUGAUAUGUUAUCACAAAUAAAUAUUGUACAAAGUAAAA